CCUUUCCAUGAGCAUGUAACUUGUUUCGCUCUGGAAUCUGGAUUCUUUUUUUAUUUUAUUUUAUUUUUCAGAAAUUACCUUAUUUAUUUUAGUCUAUUGUUUCUGGGUUCAAGAAUCUCUCUGAUUGUGGGGAAGAGGGGAUUCGAGGAAGAUUGUUGUCUUAGAUUUGGUUUUCUUUGAAGAUUUCUUGUCUGAUUCUCUGGACCGAUUUUUUUCUGGUGGGAGAAGGGAUGGAGCAUUGGUUGAUGGGUUGACUUCAAUUUCAUCUGGGCUUGCAUGGUUUUGCAGAUAAGCUUCCGCUAUAAAUAUUUUCUUCUCUUUGGCAUUUUCCUAUCUAUCUUUCUUUCGAAGCGAGGAGCUACCUGCUGUUUCGUAUUUGAAGGACAUUGCCUGCGCCAGUCAGGCUCAUAGACACUAUAAUUAUCCACUAUUGAUGAUUUGGUACUCCUAGCCAGUUAUCAUCUCUAUUAACAUGGAUAAUAUGUAUGCUGAAGAUCAGGAGGAAGUUAGUGUUGUGGGUUUUGAGGUUCCCAACUCACCCGAUUCAAGUUACAACAACCCAUACCCUGGGAAUGAAGAUGAAGCAAGGGACCCGCCUAUUGUUCCUCCUCACUUGCAACACACCUUGUUGAGCUUUCCAGCAAGCAGAGAUGCUUCUGCUACCCUUCCUUUGCCUCAAAAUGUUAUUCUCAAUCAUCUCUACAUAGAGAAUAGGGAGAGUCCACGAUCAGUAGUGGCACUUGGGAUAACGCAUCGUUUCCGUUCAAAAUUUGUCACUGUUGUGCUUUACAAACCAAUUCAAAGAAGGGGAAGCGCAAGUGCUUGAGUUGCAAUUCUUGUUUCUUUAGGUAGGGUCUAUUUUCUCCUUGUUACAGUGGGAAGAGUUGUCAUUGAACUUACAUUGGAGAUAGGAGUGAAGAUUUUUCAUUGUUUUACAGCUGCUUAGGUCAUUAUCAUCUUGGGCUUUAAAGUUCUGCAUAUUGUGUCUUAUACUUAGUUCUUCCAAGGAGUAGUACCACAAGGCCAGAAUUGCAAUUUAUUUCUAAGGAUCGCCUCCAUGAUUUCUUCCACAGCUAGGGUCCUAGGGAGGAUAGGGCUCCCUGUGCUCGCAUCUCUCUACCAAAUGCUUGUAUUCUCUCCAAGGCGACUUGCAGGCUCAUCCAUUAUGAUCCAAGAACCUUCUGGCACACCAUCUGACUAUAAAUAUUAGCUAAAAUGGUGAUUACUUGCUACUUAGAAUAUUACUGAAAAUGUUGGUUAAUAGAAUUACCCAGUCAAAUACAUUAAAUUUUGUAGUUCUGUACUUGUAUGAAGUUUAUUUUAAUAUUUUUCCAGGCUAUAUAGCCUGUAAAUGUAAAGUUUCCAAUAGCCAGGUACGAAUAUUGAUGGAAAACCCGGGGCUCAAGUAUGACUCGCCCAACACGGCAACACUACAAUGAUGAGUUGAUGACUCGGCGUGUCAAUCUCGACUCAAGCCGAGUGGGGUGGUAAAAUAAAUAAAAUUGAUGACUCA